UCUUUGCAUGGAUCCGUUGAACGUCUACAAGCCUGAAGUGCCAGUGAGAUCGCUGCCAGUGUGGCAGGAUUCCCUGACGACACCCAGCACAGCAGCAUCGACCUCCUCGCGCAAGGCCAGCAAGUUUGUCUUUGACGAGCAGAUCAAUCGCAAAGUCGUUCUCUGGGAGGGCGACAUUACGUCCCUGAGCGUCGAUGCCAUUGUCAACUCGACCAACGAGGCACUCCGCGACAAGAAUCCCCUCAGUGAGUACAUCUUUGCCCGCGCUGGCCCCGAGCUCAGGGCAGAGUGCGACCGCCUCGAGGGCUGCCGCACCGGGGAGGCCAAGCUUUCCAAGGGCUGCGAUCUGCCGGCCAAGCACAUCAUCCACACGGUCGGUCCGCGCUACAAUGUCAAGUACCGCACUGCCGCCGAGUCGGCGCUCUACAACUGCUAUCGCAACAUCCUCCAGCUUAUGGCGGAGAGCAAGCUUCACACCGUUGCUCUCUGCGUGAUCAACUCGGUUCGUCGCGGUUUCCCGCCAGAAGUUGGCGCUCACAUUGCUCUUCGCACCGUGCGGAGAUAUCUGGAAAAGUUUGGCGACGCGAUUCAUCUUGUUGUGUUUGCCGUCGAGCCUGGGGAUCGCGAGUACUAUGACCCGCUCAUGCCGCUGUACUUUCCGCGAUCCAUCGAGGAAGAGCAAGCUGCCAUUAGCCAGCUUCCCGCGGACACUGGCAACGAGUUUGGUGAACCUGUGAUUGAAGAACGCAAAAUCCGCAUCGUAGAUACUCCUCUCGUUCUUGGUUCGGCCCACGAUACGGCUGAAUUGCCCGAGGUAUUACAAGAGGUUGCAUCCGCGAAGGCGUUCACCUCCAUGUCUGGCGACCACGACGCAGUCCGACGCGAACAAUUGAAGCUGCGUCCUCAAGCAGAAGCCGAAGAGCUCGAAAACGCGCGUCGGUACCAGCGCUGGCUGCAACACGCAAAGUCGCAAGACUUGACAGACCUCGCCAAGUAUCGCAUGAUUUACCAGUCUGGUGUCGACUCGCUGGGCCGGCCUGUGGUGCUUUUCAUCGGCAAGUACUUCCCGGCCAACCGCGUCGACCUCGAGCGCGCGAUUUCCUACUUUAUCACCGUGAUGGACUCGAUUGCCAAUCGCGAGUUUGUGUUUGUGUACUUUCACACCGAGACGGCUUCUGAAAACCACCCCGAUUUUUCUUGGCUGAAGCAAAUUUAUCAGAUUGUUGAUCACCGCUACAAGCGCAACGCACGAGCAAUCUACAUUGUGCACCCCACAUUCCUGACCAAGUGCGUGACUUGGUUCUUCACCACGUUCACCGCUUCCAACAUUAAGGAGAAGGUCAUCAACAUUGAAAAUGUGACGUAUCUCUACAACUUUAUCAGCCCCGAUCAACUUGAUAUUCCGUCUUUUGUUCUCGAGUAUGACAUUCGCGUCAACGGUGCCCCAGCAACCAUUGCUACACACCGAGCCGCAGUCGCUUCGAGCUCUAGCCAUACCGAUGAUCUUUAACAUUGAUUGUUUCAUUUCGACCGCCCUAUCUCGUUUUUUUGUUGUUUCCCCCCCCCCCGGCCCGCUCCCGCACGCCUCACUCGCUCUCCUCAUGUUUUUGCUUGCUAUGUAUGCUCCCGUCACACUUACACAAGAACGAACGGACCUCCACUGACUUUCAUGUCGCUGUUGUGACACUCCAAUGUUCUCGAAAGCCUCAAUAUAUUCGAUUCUUGGCUGGCAAA